AUUUUCAUUUUAAUUUAUUUGAUAUCUUUGUCAUUCAUAUAUAUACUAAUCAAAAUUUUGUUGUAUUUGCAUUUUAAACCAUAUUUUAAAUUCCCAAAGAUGACUUCCAAGAAAAAUUUAAAGUUAAAAAAGGUUUCAAAUCAAUACACACGUUAUUUCGAUUUCAAAAAGCUAUUGCCAAAAGUGAAGAAAACAUCCGUCGAAGAGUUUGGUAGGGAGACAAUCUUUGCAAAGUGCACGAGGAAGCCAAUACAGAAGCCUCGGAGAAUCUCAAAGAAUCCCAUUCAAUGGGUGCACACCGACAAUGUGGUGCAGACCAAUCAAGGCAGUCCCUAUAUGCUGAUGUCCAAAGAUGAUUCCGAGGCAGAGCCCAAGAAUUGUCCCAAAAAUCCCAUCUGUUAUAAUGUCCAUCACGAUGCUCCUGCUGCUCCCCCCACAAAUCAACCGCUGGAGGCCAUUAAUAUUGUGCCCCUGGUGAGGGGCAUUCGCAUAACAAUUUGUGUGGAGCACACGCGAUUCCAGCUCGUGGGCCGAGUGUCCAAGAACAUGGGGCUGACCCAUGUGCCCGAGCAUCGAUUGUGGAACAUUCAGUGGUGCGAUAAUACGCCCCACUUGGAUUUGCUGAAGAGCAUGAAACGCUUCCAGCAAAUCAAUCAUUUCCCCGGCAUGAGCGAGAUCUGUCGCAAGGAUAUGUUAUCCCUCAAUCUGAAUCGCAUGCUCAAAAUGUAUCCAGGCGACUAUCGCAUAUUUCCCAAGACCUGGCUAAUGCCCUCCGAUGCUUAUGACGUGGCCAUCUAUGCCAACAAACAUAAGCGCACAUACAUUCUGAAGCCAUAUUCGUCUGGUCAGGGUCGUGGCAUUUGGCUAACCAACAAUCUGCGCUCUGUGGGCAGGCAAGAGAAGCUCAUCUGUCAGACCUACAUCGAUAGGCCCCUGCUCAUUGAUGGCUUCAAGUUUGAUCUGCGUGUCUACACGCUCGUCACCUCAGUGGAUCCGCUGAGAAUAUUUGUUUAUAAUGAAGGUCUGGCUCGCUUUGCCACCCACAAAUACAUGCCACCGGCUCUGGGAAAUAGCAAUAAUGUCUUCAUGCACUUGACCAACUAUUGCGUCAAUCGACGCAACUCAAACUAUAAUGCUGGCAAGGGACACGAGGGCGGCUCGAAGCGUAAACUGGGCGAGUACAAUAAAUGGCUAAUGGAUCACAACUACAAUGUGGAUGAGUUCUGGGCAGCCGUUGACGAUGCGAUCAUCAAGACUGUGAUCAGUGCGUGGCCAGUGUUGAAACAUAACUAUCACGUCUGCUUUCCGAAGCACGACAAGAUUCAAGCAUGCUUCCAGCUGUUGGGCUUUGAUAUAUUGGUUGAUUGGAAACUGAAACCCUUCAUCCUGGAGGUCAAUCAUACGCCCAGUCUUUGCGGCGAUGAAACCGUGGACAAUGAGGUAAAGCGUCCAUUGAUCCGCGACACACUCAAUCUCAUCAGUUCGCCGCUGGUGGACAAGGAGGAGAUCAUCCGCGAGGAUCGAAUGGCAUUGCGGGAACGUCUGAUGCGACAGCAGGGCAAGCGACGUGCUUCGGCGGGAGCAGCAACUGCUCCUGCUGGAGCAACUGGCAAUGAGUUGAGGCAACCGUGUUCGAUUGGCGCACUCGCUCAGCAAAUUGCAUGGGAGGAGAGUCAUCUGGGCAAUUAUAGACGCAUUAUGCCUCCCACAGAUUCGAGUAAAGUGAACUAUUAUUGCAAGUUCUACGAUCAAACGAAGCAGGCCAAUAUGUUCAAGGAGACAGCAGCCAGCAAAUCGCGAAUGAAACUCAACUUGGAGCACAUAAAGCAGCAGAAAUUGAUGGAGCAAUUGGACAAGGAGCAACAGCGACAACAGCUCUUUUUGCAGGAGCGAAAGCUAAAGUUGCAACAGGCUUUCAUGCAGAGCUCAACAAAGAGCGUAACAGAAUUGCAACACAAACGACAGGAGGCACUUGUUAAGGAGGAAAUACGACGCAAGCAGCUGCAGCUUUUGAUUGCUUCGCCAAAUGAACUGACGACAAAUCCAGAUCAAACCCACCCAAGUAGCCACAAGAAGAGCAAAUGCAGCUUGAACGUGGUCAAGACAAAGCGUCGCCAGCAGCGACGUCAAAUGCAUCUCAAGACACGACGAGCUCGUCGCGUCGAAUGGGAAUCUCGAACGGAUGCCGAGUUCCUGCAGAAACACGGUGUAACACGUCCAGCUGGAACUCAGCCGCACAAUGAGAGUUCCAAGUUGGAGCUAAAGGAAGGAGAGAUUGCAGAAAAUGUUCCCAGUCUGGAAAGUUUGUUCCCAGCCAACAGAUCGAAUACGAAAUUUAGUAAUCCUGCAACUGGCAAAAGGAGCAACCGUUGGACGGACAAUGACAAUUGGUUGCCGGAGCCCAUCAGCAUGGAGGAAAAGCAAUGGCAACUCGAGUGGCGCAAGAAGAGAACCGAUGCUCUCAAUCAAUGGCAGCUCAAGGAACUGCUUUUUACAGAAAUGUAUGAACGUGGUCAUCUAACCAAGAAUGAUAUUAAACUAUUUCCGUUUCUGCUGUACCGCAUAUUAAGACGAAAAACGGGUGCAGAUUUAGCGGACGUCCCUAAAGUAGAUUCUUAACUGAAAACUGAGUUCAUCUUGUCAGAUUGUCGUGAAUCUUCGAUUCGUAAAUGGUUGUUAUUCAAUGAAAGAUAUUAAACUAGGUAGAUAUAAAGUUUUGAUUUAUCAAAUUGAAAGUAAGUUUCGAAAUAAAUAUACAAUAGGAUUGUUAUGGGA